GUAAUGGUUAAAGACGAUGGUAAAAGUAAAGGUUUCGGCUUCGUAGCUUAUGAGACCACCGAAGCAGCUGAAGCCGCUGUUGACGCAUUAAAUGGAAAGGAUAUGGGGGAGGGUAAGGUAUUAUAUGUUGCUCGUGCACAGAAGAAAGCAGAACGCCAGCAAGAGUUAAAACGCAAGUUCGAAGAAUUAAAGAAGAAACGGCAAGAAUCGGUAUUUGGUGUUAAUUUGUAUGUUAAAAACCUUGAUGACAGUGUAGAUGAUGAGCGUCUACGCAAAGAAUUUUCGAUGUAUGGUACCAUUACAUCUGCCAAGGUUAUGACCGAUGAAGAGGGACGUUCCAAAGGUUUUGGAUUUGUCUGCUUCAUUUCGCCCAAUGAAGCAACCUGUGCCGUCACUGAAGUGAAUGGACGUGUUGUCGGUUCGAAGCCAUUGUAUGUAGCUUUGGCUCAACGUAAAGAAGACCGUAAGGCACAUUUGGCAUCACAAUACAUGCGUCAUAUGUCGGGUAUGCGUAUGCAACAAUUAGGUCAAAUAUUCCAACCAAACGCCGCAGGCGGCUUUUUCGUACCAACCAUGGCGCCAGGGCAACGUUUCUUCGGUCCACAAGUGACCCAACCGAUUCGUAACACACCAAGAUGGGCACCUCAAGUGCGCCCUGCCGCUGGCGUACAAGGUGUCACACAGGCUGGCGCUGCAGCCGCUGCUGGUAGCUUCACAAAUGCCGCCGCCAUGGCAGCAACCGGUAACGCUCAGUUCCGCCCAACAGCAGCCGCUGCCCGUGGCCAACCGCAGACAGUUCAAGGCGCGCACGCUGCAGCCGCCGCUGCCAACACAAUGCGCAAUACUGGCGCACGCGCUAUCACAGGUCAGCAAACAGUUGCUGCGGGCAAUAUUCCAAUGGCUGGAGCACCAAUUACUGCAGGUGGAGCUCAGCAACGCGCUGCCAACUAUAAAUAUACCGCCAACAUGCGCAAUCCACCUCCACAACCGGUCCAACAACAGCCGCAAGUGCAGCCAAUGCACCAGAAGGGUCAAGAGAAACUGAUUGCUUCUCUAUUGGCAAACGCCAAGCCGCAAGAGCAGAAGCAAAUUUUGGGUGAACGCUUGUAUCCUAUGAUCGAGCGCAUGCACCCACUUAUGGCUGGCAAAAUUACCGGAAUGUUAUUAGAGAUAGAGAAUUCCGAAUUGUUGCACAUGAUAGAGGAUCAAGAUGCUUUGAAAGCCAAAGUUGAAGAAGCUGUUGCCGUGUUGCAGGUUCAUCGUGUUGCUGAGCCAACCAAUUAAAAUACCUAUAUGGAAAUCACAUCAUGCUAGCCGAACUAAAAAGUUUCGUAAUUUCUCAUAUGUUCAUACUGCUUCUAGCCACAACGACAAAAAACUCAGAAAUGGUCCUCAUUAUUCAUUUUAGAACAAAAACCGUCAGGUAGAUACGAUAUAAAUAUGUAAUAUUGUUUAAAAAAUUUAAAACUGAAUAAUGAGAGCCACAUCUAAAAAGUAACACCAUUUAACAUUCGCUGAAAAUCUUUUGUCAACUUUCAUCUUUCUGAUUUUCCCAUAAUAAUUAAGAUUCAUGCCUUUUCGCUUCUGAUUUCAGUUCAUUACCUUUUCAAUUCAACCAAUCAAAACGCAAGCGUUUUUUAACAUACAAUCAAUAUAACAUCCUAGCGAGUAAUGCAAAGCUGCCAAGUGACGCGUACACAGUAAUUUCAAAACUGUGUAUUAAGAUUAUAUGAAAAUCAAGAACUAAAACUGAAAAUGAAAAUGAACAAAUCAAAACUUGGAAUAGAAGAAGAAUUGAAGCCAAGCAUUCGAAAGGUGGCACGCCGAAAGAAACAAAAACAAAACUGAAAACCAGCCACACUUGUGGUUUGAAUUUUAUAGUUUCCUAAAAUUAACUACAAUAGUUUCAUAAUCUCUGGCGCGAUGAGGUAAUUUUAAUAUAUUUUUUUGUAUAACCACCACCAACUACAACAACUAUACUAAACUCAUACAAGCAUUGCAAACAAUACCAAAUUUUCAUAUUUUUCACUUGAAUAAAAAUUUGUUUUUGUCAUUUACUUGAAGCAAAUGCGUUUCAGUGUAAAUUUGUAAUGGAUUAGAAUUUGAAAGUUGCUCUAAUUUGUAAUGCACUUGGUUGAAUUGAAGAGAGUUUCCUAUUCUAUAUACUUUAGAAGCGAAUGGGCAGGCUUAGGUAAACAAAAGUAAUUAACAUGUAUGUAUGUAAGAGAGAAAUAAUUGAAAAAAUCAAACAAAAAAAUUGCAAAAGCGUAUGAAAAAAUGAAAAAUUUGGAGUGUGGGUUGUUCAAAUGGAUCAAAAUAUUAAUAUCAACCGAAAAGAACGGUUCAUUUCUGUCAUCCACUCUCUGAAUGUAAUAAAACAAACAAACAACAUGAGAAUAGAAUUGCUUGUAAAAGAAAAUGUUGAAUAGGACGAAAAAGUAAACGUUCAAUGAUUUUUUUGCUACUUUAAACAAAUAUAAUAAAAAUUGAAAAUAUAUAUACGUCAGACACAACCGCUGACAAGCAGAACUUAAAAAUAAAAACAAAAAAAAUCGCAAAAUUAAUAUAAAAACGGUCCUAGCUGACCAGAAAAACACAAUAAAUACAAUGAAUGAAAUAACUGAAUUAUAAAUAUACAACUUUUAUCAAAUAUAAAAAACAUAGUAUGUGUAAGACCGUUGAUAAAUUUCAAAGUCGAACCGCGGGAAUAUUUUCAAUUGCGCCCGAUUAAAUGUGUGGAAGGGCAUGCAAAAUACAGGGUGGACCAUAAGUCCCUUCAUAUUUGAAUGUGUAUGUGCGAGCGGAUGUCGCGUUAGGAAAUACAAGAUUACGGUUGAAGUCAGGAUUUUUCGAUAAUGAAAAUUUGAAAUAGUUUCCGAAAACAUUUGUCAUGAACCUGAACUCGUAUUACUGUACUCGAAAGUCGAAUAUCUUUCCAACCGCAAUCCGAAAUUCAAAUAUUGGGUGGUCGAAAAAGUAUUUUCGUACUUCUAAUCAAACUUCAAAUUAUUUUUUUUAUUGCAAGAAUAAAAGAUUUUUUUUAUCUAGUUUUUCUCAUUAUUUAGGCAAUAGGACACCUUUGGUCCACCCUCUACAUUGCGAAGAUUUUAGUAAAAGCAAUGGUAAAAAUUCAGUAAUAAAUCAAUUCCAAUAUUGAACAAUAUUUUAACCGAACAAUAUAAAAUUUAAUUAUACCUAUCUUGAUCUGGUGAAAUGAGAAUUUAAAUAAAAUAUAAACUUUUGGCAUAAA